GGCCAAUCCUGCAAUGAAAGAAGAUAAAGACGGAGAAGAUCUGUUCGGUUGCCCAGUUCUAGUUAUGUUACACUAUGUUUAGACAUUAGCUUCACAUUGUUAAUCCCUGAUCCUGCAAGCUGUUCUGUAUGAACACGUGUUUGCAGCCAUACAAAGCUGACUGUUGAUGAGGAUCUGUCACAGUACGUAGAUGCUCCUGUGAAGAGUUCCUUGCGGGCAAGGCCUUCAGCCCCGUACCGGUUCUGUCCAGUUUUCUGCAUUUAUGGCACCUAUUAACAGGCUAAAAGUGACUGAACCAUGGCUCAGUUUCCGACACCUUUUGGGGGCAACCUGGAUAUCUGGGCUAUUACUGUGGAGGAGCGAGCUAAACAUGAUCAGCAGUUCCAUAGUCUGAAACCAACAUCUGGAUUUAUCACUGGUGAUCAAGCUAGAAACUUUUUUUUUCAAUCUGGGUUACCUCAGCCGGUGUUAGCACAGAUAUGGGCUCUAGCCGACAUGAACAAUGAUGGGAGGAUGGAUCAGCUGGAGUUUUCCAUAGCUAUGAAACUUAUCAAACUAAAACUGCAAGGUUAUCAACUCCCAUCUGCACUGCCUCCUGUCAUGAAGCAACCACCUAUUGCUUUGCCAAGUGCACCAGGGUUUGGUAUUGGGGGCAUUGCCAGCAUGCCAUCUCUUUCAGCUGUUGCCCCAGUGCCAAUGGCAUCCAUUCCAGUAGUAGGAAUGUCUCCACCAUUAGUAUCUUCUGUUCCUGCAGCAGCAGUGCCCCCCCUGGCUAACGGAGCUCCUGCUGUUAUACAGCCUCUGUCUGCUUUCGCUCAUCCUGCCACAUUGCCAAAGAGUUCUUCCUUCAGUAGAUCUGGUCCAGGAUCACAGUUAAACACAAAACUACAAAAGGCACAAUCAUUUGAUGUGGCUAGUGUGCCUCCUGUGGCGGAAUGGGCUGUACCUCAGUCAUCAAGACUGAAAUACAGGCAGCUGUUCAAUAGCCAUGAUAAAACAAUGAGCGGACACUUAACAGGUCCACAGGCAAGAACUAUCCUUAUGCAAUCAAGUUUACCCCAGGCUCAGUUGGCUACAAUAUGGAAUCUUUCAGAUAUUGAUCAAGAUGGAAAACUUACAGCAGAAGAGUUUAUUCUGGCUAUGCACUUAAUUGAUGUAGCUAUGUCUGGUCAGCCAUUGCCACCUGUACUGCCUCCAGAGUAUAUUCCACCUUCAUUUAGAAGAGUACGCUCUGGUAGUGGCAUAUCAGCUGUAAGUUCAGUAUCUGUAGACCAAAGGUUACCAGAAGAACCAGCAUUAGAAGAAGAACAGCAGCAACUGGAAAAGAAAUUGCCAGUCACAUUUGAAGAUAAAAAACGGGAAAACUUUGAACGUGGCAAUCUAGAACUUGAAAAACGAAGGCAGGCUCUCCUGGAACAGCAACGCAAAGAACAAGAGCGUCUAGCACAGCUGGAACGGGCAGAGCAGGAAAGGAAAGAACGUGAGCGACAGGAGCAAGAACGUAAAAGACAACUGGAGCUAGAGAAACAAUUGGAAAAGCAACGAGAGUUGGAACGGCAGAGAGAAGAGGAAAGGAGGAAAGAAAUAGAAAGACGAGAGGCUGCAAAAAGGGAACUGGAAAGGCAAAGACAACUUGAAUGGGAACGUAAUCGUCGGCAAGAACUACUAAAUCAAAGAAACAAAGAGCAAGAGGACAUAGUUGUUCUGAAGGCAAAGAAGAAGACCUUAGAAUUUGAGCUAGAGGCUCUAAAUGAUAAAAAAAAUCAGUUGGAGGGAAAGCUUCAAGAUAUCAGGUGUCGGCUGUCUACCCAAAGACAAGAAAUUGAGAGUACAAACAAAUCUAGAGAACUGAGAAUUGCAGAAAUUACCCAUUUGCAACAGCAGCUACAGGAAUCUCAGCAGAUGCUUGGAAGGUUGAUUCCAGAAAAGCAAUUACUCAAUGACCAACUAAAGCAAGUUCAACAGAACAGUUUGCAUAGAGAUUCUCUUCUUACUGUCAAACGAGCCUUAGAAGCCAAGGAACUAGCCCGUCAACAGCUUCGAGACCAGCUAGAUGAAGUAGAAAAAGAAACCAGAUCUAAACUUCAGGAAAUUGAUAUUUUCAAUAAUCAACUAAAGGAGCUGAGAGAAAUACAUAACAAACAGCAACUACAGAAACAAAAAAACUUGGAAGCUGAGAGACUGAAACAGAAGGAACAAGAAAGGAAGACAGUAGAACUGGAAAAGCAAAAAGAAGCUCAAAGGCGAAUCCUGGAGAGGGAUAAACAGCGGCUUGAUAGAGUGCAACAAGAAGAGGACCUUCAGCGACAAAAAAAAAUUCAGGAAGAUGAAAAGCAAAAAAGGGAAGAAAUAACCAAGAAGAAGGAAAGUGAGGAUAAGGGGAAACCGGAAAUGCAAGAAAAACUGAGUAAGCUUUUCCAACCACAUCAAGAGGCAGUCAAGCCAGCUGUCCAGGCUCCUUGGUCAAAUGCAGAAAAAGCUCCUUUAAGCAUUUCUGCUCAGGAGGAUGUAAAAAUAGUGUAUUAUAGAGCAUUGUAUCCUUUUGAAUCAAGAAGCCAUGAUGAAAUCACUAUUCAGCCUGGCGACAUAGUCAUGGUUAAAAGGGAAUGGGUGGAUGAAAGCCAGACUGGAGAACCAGGGUGGCUUGGUGGAGAAUUGAAGGGAAAAACUGGAUGGUUCCCUGCAAACUAUGCAGAGAAAAUACCUGAAAAUGAAGUUCCAGCUUCUGUAAAACCAGCAGUUGAGGCUGCUGCUGCACCUAAAGUUUCUGUGCAUGAAACCCCUACAUCACUAGCAACUCCUGCUUCUACGGAUUGUACAACUGCCAACAACUGGGCAGACUUCAGUUCAACAUGGCCAACAAACACGAGUGAGAAACCAGAGACUGAUAACUGGGAUACCUGGGCAGCCCAGCCAUCUUUGACUGUCCCUAGUGCAGGGCAGCUACGGCAAAGAUCAGCGUUCACUCCUGCCACCGUUACAGGAUCAUCUCCCUCCCCUGUCUUGGGUCAGGGUGAGAAAGUGGAGGGGCUUCAAGCACAGGCUUUAUAUCCUUGGAGAGCGAAGAAAGACAACCACCUUAAUUUCAACAAAAAUGAUAUAAUCACAGUUUUGGAGCAGCAAGAUAUGUGGUGGUUUGGAGAGGUUCAAGGACAAAAGGGGUGGUUUCCUAAAUCAUAUGUGAAGCUUAUUUCAGGCCCCAUUAGGAAGUCAACGAGCAUGGAUUCUGGUUCUUCAGAUAGUCCAGCUAGUCUGAAAAGGGUAGCAUCACCAGCAACAAAACCAGCUAUGUCAGGUGAAGAGUAUGUUGCUAUGUACACUUACGAGAGCUCUGAACAAGGAGACCUGACCUUUCAGCAAGGUGAUAUGAUUCUUGUGACAAAGAAAGACGGCGACUGGUGGACAGGAACACUGGGUGAUAAAUCAGGAGUUUUCCCAUCUAAUUACGUGAGACUCAAAGAUUCUGAGGCCCCUGGAGCAGCUGGAAAAACGGGAAGCUUAGGGAAGAAACCUGAAAUUGCCCAAGUUAUUGCCUCUUACACAGCAACGGGUCCAGAACAGCUUACCCUUGCUCCUGGGCAGUUGAUUCUUAUCAGAAAGAAGAAUCCAGGCGGCUGGUGGGAAGGAGAGCUCCAAGCACGAGGGAAAAAACGGCAGAUAGGAUGGUUCCCCGCUAAUUAUGUAAAACUUUUGAGCCCUGGUACCAGUAAAACUACACCAACCGAGCUACCUAAAUCAACAGCAUUACCUUCAGUGUGCCAAGUAAUUGGCAUGUAUGACUACACUGCGCAGAAUGACGAUGAGCUGGCGUUCAAUAAAGGCCAGAUUAUAAACGUCCUCAAUAAGGAAGACCCAGACUGGUGGAAGGGGGAGGUGAACGGACAAGUGGGUCUCUUUCCAUCCAACUACGUGAAGCUGACAACAGACAUGGACCCAAGCCAGCAAUGGUGUGCAGACUUGCAUCUUCUGGAUAUGCUGACACCUACCGAAAGAAAAAGGCAGGGAUACAUCCAUGAGCUCAUUGUCACCGAAGAGAACUAUGUAAAUGAUCUGCAGCUGGUCACGGAGAUCUUCCAGAAACCACUAAUGGAAUCUGAGCUGCUAACAGAAAAAGAAGUUGCUAUGAUUUUUGUUAAUUGGAAGGAGCUGAUUAUGUGCAAUAUUAAACUACUGAAGGCAUUGCGUGUGCGUAAGAAGAUGUCUGGAGAGAAGAUGCCAGUGAAAAUGAUUGGUGACAUCCUGACAGCUCAGCUGCCCCACAUGCAGCCUUACAUUCGAUUCUGUAGCUGCCAGCUCAAUGGGGCAGCCCUCAUCCAGCAGAAAACAGAUGAAGUCCCAGAGUUCAAGGAGUUUGUUAAAAGGUUAGCAAUGGAUCCGCGCUGUAAAGGAAUGCCACUAUCAAGUUUUCUACUAAAGCCUAUGCAACGGGUAACAAGAUACCCACUAAUAAUUAAAAACAUAAUAGAAAACACUCCUGAAAACCACCCUGACCACAGUCAUUUGAAGCAUGCUCUCGAGAAAGCAGAAGAAUUAUGUUCUCAAGUAAAUGAAGGAGUGCGGGAAAAGGAAAAUUCAGAUAGGCUGGAGUGGAUCCAGGCUCAUGUUCAAUGUGAAGGCCUGUCUGAGCAACUCGUAUUUAAUUCUGUUACAAACUGCUUGGGACCACGCAAGUUUCUGCACAGUGGGAAACUCUAUAAAGCCAAGAGUAACAAGGAACUGUAUGGCUUUCUGUUCAACGAUUUCCUCCUCCUGACUCAGAUCAUAAAACCUCUUGGCUCUUCUGGCACAGACAAGGUCUUCAGCCCCAAGUCUAAUCUUCAGUAUAAAAUGUACAAAACUCCCAUUUUUCUAAAUGAGGUACUAGUAAAAUUACCCACAGACCCUUCUGGAGAUGAGCCCAUCUUCCAUAUCUCCCACAUUGAUAGAGUCUAUACACUUCGGGCUGAAAGCAUUAAUGAGAGGACUGCCUGGGUUCAGAAAAUUAAAGCUGCUUCAGAACUUUACAUAGAGACCGAAAAGAAGAAGAGGGAAAAGGCCUACUUAGUUCGCUCGCAAAGAGCAACAGGCAUUGGGAGGUUGAUGGUGAAUGUUGUUGAAGGCAUUGAACUAAAACCUUGCAGAUCCCAUGGAAAGAGUAACCCGUACUGUGAGGUGACGAUGGGCUCUCAGUGCCACAUUACCAAGACGAUACAGGACACCCUCAAUCCGAAGUGGAACUCCAACUGCCAGUUCUUUAUCAAAGACCUCGAGCAGGACGUACUCUGCAUUACAGUGUUCGAGAGGGACCAGUUCUCCCCAGAUGACUUUUUGGGCAGAACAGAGAUCCGUGUGGCAGACAUUAAGAAGGAUCAGGGUUCAAAGGGACCAGUUACAAAGUGUCUCCUUCUGCAUGAAGUCCCAACAGGAGAGAUAGUCGUCCGACUAGACCUGCAAUUGUUUGAUGAGCCUUAGAGGGAAAGGGACGGAUGUUUUAUUUCAGUCUGAGUCCACUGCAAUAGGUGUCUGCAGAAGCUGUCGCGAAAUCCUUAUUUGUUUGGUAUGAAACUACUGCUUGCCCUUCCUAUAUAAGAGGGUUAUCAAAGCAAACAGGAGCAUCUUUGUGCCUUGAUAAUUCUCCCUGGAAAAUGAAUCCCAAUUUUGUGAGGAAACCUCCCUCAAAUUCUCUAUGUGGAACUUGACGUUAGUUUCCUGGGUUUAUGAAAUAACCUAGUUGUUUGUUGUGAUCCAGUCUGAAAGGCUGAUAGACCACAUAGGUUGCUAUGCUUGCUCCAGUUACCCUACUCUUUAAUUUACACGAAGAGGGCGAUGUUGGUGUGUUUGCUUGGAUACUUUCUGCAGAUUUUACCCCUUAGGAAUGUUGUGCCUGUUGCUCAGCAAAGUGGUAUGUAAAUGUUAUGUGAGUUGAAUGAGCAGUUACGCGGUAAGAAGAUCUUUGAUUGACCUGAAGACCUUGAUGGUGGUACUGAAAAGGCUUAGAAAAGAAAUAAUAAUCUAUAUCUAUAAACAGAGAAGAUUCUAUUAACAUACCUCUUCAUGACUCACUUUGCCCCUGAAAAUAAAUGAUGUACAGGCCUUCUGCACAGAGAUGAAUUGCACUCUAGAAGAGUCCCCCCACUCGGUACCUUUGGAAGUUGCUAUUUUCUAUAGGAUUGUAAAUGCUUGAACAGUAAGUGAAGGUGAAUAUAGAGCCCUGCUGAAUGUUGUGCUGUGCCACUUCAAUACUACUUUACUACUGCUGCUUAAUUGUGUGAGCGCAGAUGAAUGAUCUGUCACCUGCAGUGGGGAAAUAAAAAAUCAGGGCUUUAGCUCAGGAAGCUAAUUUCUACCCCAGUGAAUCUAGUUUGCAGAGCAAUCAGGGGUGACCAGUUAUUAAAUUGUACCGUGCCUAAAUGUAUUAUUUGACAUCAUGUUAUUGAAUUCAGGGCAGUAGCAUACUGUAGCUCACAGAGGUGUUGUUUGUCACAAGCCAGGCUGAUCACAAGUUUAGUGGCCGUGGUAUCAGAUGUGAGCAGAAACAGAAUUGUUGUGACUGCGCAGAAUGGAUAGCCCCACAGUAAAAGCCUUGUCAUCUGGAGGAAUGCUGGGGUUUAUGUAUGCGUUUAGCUCUAGGGGUGUGUACGCACGCGCGUGCGCACGCACCUACACAGACACACACACAAACACAUGUAGGCCCCACUUCCAGCAAACUUUCCCUGCUUGGCAAAGCAGUCAGCUUUAAGUGUGCACUUAUGUCUUGGUUUCCCUUAAGCACAUGUAAGUGCUUUCCUGAGUCUGGACCUAAGAGAGAGUAGGCCCCUAAGAGUAAAAUUCAUCUUUGUUCUGCUUGGAUUCAUUUUGCUCAUUACCUAUCAUGCAUACACUGGUAUUUUCAUAUGCUCUUUCUUUCCGAAUGGGAGGUAUCAACCUGUUUCAUUAGCAUGUGAAUGUUCUUGUGGAGCCUGUUGUUAGGGUUUGAUGUUCCUUGCAUGUCCUUUCAGUACUGGUUGCCACCUUUCCUGUAUAGGCGGUGUUCUCUAGCACUACAAGUCUUAUGGAUUUCCAUUAGGAAAUUAGGAUAUCUUCAUAACGGAUAGCUAGAUACGGUAUGGUGAUAAGUGUAAGCUGUGCUGGGAAGUGUCUGUAUUAUAAUUUCCUACAAGACCACUAUAAUGUUUCAAGCAAUUGGAAAAAAAUGUAUGUUGGAGGGACAACAAAGUUUACAUUUCAUACUUUUCAGAAUCGCUUUAUUAUUUAUUUAUUGAAGAUAGAUAGUGUAGAAUUUUGUAUCAGAAAUGACAGACAUACUUAUGUAUUUUUUGAACAAAACAGAGAUACACACUUUAGUUAGAAACUUUCAACUGACACAUUUUAGAAGGAGUUUAACUUCCAAGGCAUGCAUUUGUUUACCACUAACUGGCUGAAAACACAAUUAAGAGGAGAACUUUAAGUUUCUAUUUUUCAAUGUUGUUAAGAAAAUUGUUUCGAUUAAAAUAUGUAAAUAGUACUAAACCCAUGCUUUCCUAAUUCCAUAUCAAUCCAUUUUAUUAAAUAUAAUGUAUAUGAAAAUACACAUUGUUGUGGUAGGAUAAAAAGUGAUAAAAUCUAUUAAUGGAGUAACAUUAAAUGUCAUUGUCUAACCUUUUAUUGCUGUCGUAAUUUUACUCAGUAGCUGUAAAUGUGGUGACCAUUCAUUUCAGUGCUUAAGAAGUAGGAUCACUUUUAAAGUAUCAUUUCACCAGCGUGAAUUACAGUGACAUGUAAAUAGGAGAAAGUACCAUGGGUUUAAAGGAGAAAUCCAGGACAGGUUUUUGAAAGGAGCCUCAAGGAGAUCCAUGCUCCUCUGAGAUUCAACUGGUGUCUGAAGCGGUGGAUGCUCAGCUGCAGGGGCUCCCCAUUAGAUCCUGACCCUCAUCAUGGGCAUGUCUGAUUGCACAGGACUGAGCACCUUCCUGACCACUCUCCCAUAUCAUUCCUCCUUAUUCUCCCUACAUGCGAAUGUCAAAUUGCUGUUAACAUAAAUAGGCGUUCUGAAAACAAGAGGAGGAAAGGAUGGGGGUCCGGCUCAUUGAUCGCUAAUGAAUCCCUCAUAAUCAGGCUGAUCCUAAAGACGGAGCUCGCCCUAAUCCCCAUGCGUCAAGGACAGACUGCAUACCCUUAGAGCCAGCGUGCUGUGCCUCAGGAUGUUGCUAUUUUUCUCUCUUGCUCACCUUCAAUACUCCGAAAUAUGUUGGCACUGUUGGCUUGGAAAAUGGAGCAGUUUUUCAUCAGGGUUAACCAAAGGCUCUUAGAAGUACAUAGAAAUUCACUGAUUUCUGCCUGUUAGACCCCGUUCAGGAAUCUUACAGUCUUGCACGCUGUUUUACCUCGACUCAGUGGCUGCCUGGAUGACAGUUGUCUGCUCUCCUGCCCACCAGGGCUGCAUAGCUCUCACAAGCAUCUGGGACUUUAUGCUCCAAAAGGCCUUUUCAUGAGAGAGAGACAACUUGUUAGCUGCAUUUGUACUAGCACUUUUGUGCAGAAAACAGCCUGCUCCUGUAUGCUCAUUUAAAUAUGACCUGUGUUCUGAUGAGGUUGGGGAAGAGAGAGCCAUUCAGCAGCGAAUGUGUUAGAAGGUUGACAUCUUUUGGUGUAUUUACAGUCAGCUAGCGUUACCAGAACGUGGGGAGGUCGAGCUGUGCUCUUUCGAGUGUCCUCUUCUGGCUGUCAGGCCAAACCCUGCUAGUCUGUGCUGCUGUUGUCUUAAUACCUGUAUUUAUGUAGACCCUAUAAUUCAGACUCUUGGUUAUGUAUCUCUGAAUGUAUCAGUAAAAUUGCACACCUUAGAGCACCAUCCCCUUUCCAGCUCCCAUCAAGCUGUGUGUAAACUUUUCCCAAUGCUAUGCAAAAACAACAACAGCAAAACUCUAAGCCCAGGUAAUGCUUGAUUAGGUUUUGCUGUGAAAGAGCAGUUAGCAAUGCAUUUGGCUAAGCAGCGCCAUUAAAAUGAGAGAGGCCGGUAAAGCUGUAUGUUGCGGAGUUGUGGGUUGUCUUCACCUGCCUUUGUUCUCCCCUGGGUAAAGUUCAUCCUAGUACAGAGGGUGAGCACAAGAGCUGUGCAUUACCAGCCUUCAAAAUGAGGCACUGGUGGGACUGAAUUGGUACAUGGGCCACUUGGACUGGCUCUCAGGAUAGAGACUUUCUGCCUUUUAGCAGGCUGUACUUUACUGGAGAAGACUGUUUGCUUAGAAGUAAUUCAGCAUCAAACUCCUUGGCUGGCAUUCAAGUCUUUCUAAAAAUAUUUCUGUGACUUUUUAAUGCCUUUGGUACCUUCAUUGAAACAGUGAUCUCGCUUUCGAUAAACCAGGAGAGAAAAAAAAAAAAAGCUCAGGACUAGAAACAGCAAAAUCUGUGGCUGCGAGAAAACAUACAAUGGAAAAAAUACAAUGGUAGCUUGGGUUUCCGAGCUGUAGUUCUGGGAAUUGCAUUCUUCCCCUAUGUAUAUUAAUUUUAACAAGGAGAAUGGUAUUUCUGUCUAGUGCUUCCUUGAUGCUAAGUCUUGUAGCGGAAGUGAGUUAAUGGGUCAGAAACUGGAAGGG